AUGCCACGCCGCCCACGCCCAGCUGGUCUCACGUCCGCGACAGAGUGGGAGGCGUGGUGGCAACCCGCCUUGGCUGUUUGCUGCUGGCUCGCAAGACCCUUGGCAGAGGCCUCGAAGUCUUGUCGCAGCAGACGACAGUGCACGUCUUGUUCUGUCCUUGCUCCCUGUCCGCACCUGUGUCCGUGCCAGGUUUCUUGGCGCACGACGUGGGCGCAGCGCCUACAACAGCAGCGGGAUGCUGCCAUUCGUGCAUGGCGCCACGUCCAUGCCGGCGCGCAACACGACACCUGGACGAGUCGCCAACGCAAUCUUCAGGACUGGCUGCGCUGGGGCAGCUGGGGAAGGUGUCCUUCGUGUGGUCUCUUCUACCAGCGCAAGAUGCUGGAAGCGGAGGUCAGGUGCGCGACCUUCCACGGCCUCUCCGCGGCCUUUCUACGGUAUCGCCGACGAGACACCCUCACUCGUCUCAGCUGGAAGCCCCAGAGCGUGGAAGCUGCCAUUGCCGCCUCACCCCGAGCCGAGCGCCCGGAGCGCCCGGCAUCCCCCUAUACCGGCUGGCUCACCGCCCACAAGGCCGUGUUGGACAGAGGCACCACACCGGAGCACCUUCGCCUCUCGCUCGGAGCGCUCCUGGAGCCACUCCUGGAGACAGCCCUGUGGCCUCACCUCUACCCAACCAGAGCUCUUUGCGAAUCCAACAUGUAUGCGCCGCAAGCUCAUUGGCAACCGUUUCAGCCCCGGCGGCAACAACAGGACGCCGGCAACCCGGGCAAGGUGUCGGCGAAAGAGCUCUUUGUGGCAAAGCUCCAGUCGGGCAUCGCAGACUAUGCCGCCAACUACGAACUCCUGCAAGUGCAGUUUGACCGCCACAUCAUGAGGACGCUCCUGAGCUCCAUGCAGGAUGCGACCUCCGGCGGGUUGACGAGUGCCCAAGUCAACGAACAUCGGCACUGGACAAAGCAGUAUUGGGCCCGGCAGCAUCGCUACCUCCUGGACUUAGUAGCUCAGCGUGGCCCUCCUCACCUUUUCCUCACUAUUGCGCCACACGAGUUUGCCUUUCCCUGGCCUCGGUGGCUCGAGGAGCUGCACGCCAAGAGUGGCCUAGGGCCCACGCAACUGCCAGGGCCAGAGUCCCUGUGCAUCGCGCACGCCCUGCGCGAGUUUUGCGGGGCCUACUUGGCAGGUUUCGGCCCGAAGAAGCGGUGGCGAGGCAACCUCUUCAGCAACAAGGUUGCAGGGCCCGACAAUAACGUCGAGGCCUACCUCGGCCGCUUUGAAUUCCAAGACGGCAGCAAAUCCCACCACUACGGCAAGGGAAGGGGGUCCUUGCACAUACACCUCCUCUUCUGGUUCCGCAACUUUCGGGCCACCUUCGUGGAAGACACCAUUUGCGCCGAACUGCGGCCCCGCGACGCGGAACUCACUACCUUGGCUCAGACCAUACAGCGCGGCAUUGAAGGUGCCAGGAGCCGUGCCAACGUCCGGGAGGAACCCUCCCAGUGGCAGUACGAUCGAGGCAGCGCCAAGUGGCAACUGCACCUGCGGCAUACCUUGGACUUUGCCGCCCAGGCCCUCCGGCCGUUCCUGGUGCCAGUGCUACGCCUCUUUCGUUGCCACUCGGACGUACAGUGGUGGGACGCCAAAGGCCAGCUCCUCCGCUAUGUCGUCGGGUACGUGGCCAAGUACUCCGACGGCAAUCAGGCUUGUCUGAUGGACACGGAGAAGACCCCGUGGGGGGCAGCCUUGGCGCUACUGCGGGGGUGGCGAGCGGGGGAAGCGGAGAUGACCAUGGUGCUGGCCCGGGAGCCCAUGGUCUUCCACAACUUUGCAGCCAAAGAGUACUCCCCCCCGUGUACGGAGAACCUCUCCCUGCUGGAAUGGCUGCGGCUCUACACCGUUAGUGGUGCUCUGGAGGACCAUUCCGCCAACGCCCGGCGCCGAACCAUCAAGCAGCUGCUUUGCGUUGGGGUUCGGUACGCCCCCAUGGGCUUGGACAUUUUCUUCUGGCAGUGGACCCUCCUCCACUUCCCCCACCGCCGACUCACAGAGCUGCUCCCCGUCCACGACGACCCAGCCGGUCGCUCGCGCCAUCGGUUCCUCGCUCGAGCUGUCGACUUGAUGCCGGACACCUGGAGCGACGCCAGCUGGGCUCAGAAAACCUUGGAACUGCAAGGUCAUCUAGGAGUCUUCGUGGAAAGUUGCCUCGCGCAAUUGCGGGCCAGUCUGAAGCACAUCGAGCUCUUGCGCAGCAAGCAGUUCCAGCCGAGCCCUGCGGCAGCCCCUGCGCGGCCUAUCGACUACGAUGCCUUAUCCGAGCGGCAAGCCGCCUUCCUGCGCACCAUCGAAGCCGAUAUGCAGCUGCGCCAAACAGCCCAGGACCAGGUACAGCAGGGCGAGGUGCCACAUGUGGGCUACCAGCUGCGAGGGCGUGCCGUGGCCCGGUUUCUCACCGGCGGACCCGGCGCCGGUAAAACCUUCUGCAUGAGGGCGUGCAUGCAGACAAUGGCGGAGCAAGGCCGCCGGGUGCUCUACGCGACCCCCACGGGCAAGCUUGCAGCCACCUUCGGCUCCUCCGAAGGGCCUGUGACCAGCACCACCAUCCACCGAGCUUUCGGGAUCCUGCCCAAUACGCAGUCCGGCAGCUGGAGCCCACAAGACGCAUUGGACUUUGAUGCGUGGGUCAUCGACGAAGCCAGCAUGGUGUCGACGGCUAUAGGGGAGCACAUCUUCCGCCUCUGGCUUCGGGCCGAGAAAGUGCCCCUUCUGAUUUUCUUGGGGGACUUCAAACAGCUGGCGCCGGUCACCCAAGAAGCCCAAGACGUCCGGGAGAUCACACGGCCGCUCCAGGAGCUUUGGCGGCAACUGCCGAACGCCCUAGUCGUCACUGCCACGCAAAAGGCCGCGGCGCUGGUGAACCAACUCGGGGCUGAGAUGUUUGGCCAGCAAGCCCUCGGGACCGCCGUCGUCUGGCCAACGACCGGCGCCGGCACGCCCCAGCCCCUACCGCUUUACGUCGGCACCCGCGUCCGGUUGACGCAGAACCUGGCGCUCGGGGCAGGUCUGGUGACAGGGGCCGAAGGCACGCUGGAGGCAGCGAGCGUGGCCGGGCUCGUGGUGCGGCUCAGCAGCCGAGCGGUGGAGACCAUCUGGCCGGUGGCGCGGCGAGUGGAGGACACGGGGUUCACAUGGAUCUAG